AUGGCAUUUAAAUGUCUGUCCACCCGUUGUGCCAUGAAGGAAAAAAGCAAAAAUGCGGCCCGUUCGCGGCGAGAGAAAGAAAAUGUGGAAUUUUUGGAGCUUGCCAAACUGUUGCCCCUACCCAGUGCCAUCACAUCCCAGCUCGAUAAAGCGUCAAUCAUACGCCUCACCACCUCGUACCUGAAAAUGCGACAAAUCUUCCCCGAAGGACUAGGGACAGCAUGGGGGACAGACCGCAACCAUCAGCCGAAUGGCCGUACCGGGAACAUCAAGGAGCUCGGUUCACAUCUGCUACAGACACUGGAUGGUUUCAUUUUUGUCGUUGCGCCCGACGGAAAGAUCACGUACAUCUCCGAAACAGCAUCCGUGCAUCUUGGGCUCAGCCAGGUGGAGCUUACUGGCAACUCGAUAUAUGAGUACAUUCAUGCGUACGAUCAGGAAGAAAUGGCAUCGAUUUUAGCGCUACAGCAACCACCGAACCAUCGGCACAGCUAUAGCCAACAGCAGCGAUCGUACGUUGUCGACAUGGAGCGCAACUUCUUCCUGCGAAUGCGAUGCGUUUUGGCAAAACGUAAUGCCGGACUCACCUCAUCCGGUUAUAAGGUUAUUCACUGUUCUGGCUACUUAAAAGCGCGUGUCUUUCCCCACGAAUCACUCAACACACCCGGGUACUGCUGUGUGCAAAAUCUCGGCCUAGUAGCCGUUGGUCACUCGCUGUCUCCGUCAGCGGCCACGGAAGUAAAAUUGCAACAAAACAUGUUCAUGUUCCGCGCAAGUUUGGAUAUGAAACUGAUUUUUCUGGAUGCAAAAGUUUCACAACUCACAGGAUACGAGCCCCAGGAUCUAAUCGAAAACACGCUAUACCAGUACAUCCACGCCUCGGACGUUGUCCAUGUAAGACAAACCCAUCAGACGCUUUUACAAAAAGGUCAAGCCACUACCAUGUACUAUCGCUUUCUCACCAAAGCAGGAGGAUGGCGAUGGGUGCAAUCACAUGCCACGAUUGUACACAACACGCGCUCUUCGCGACCGCACUGUAUCGUUAGCGUCAACUAUGUUCUAAGUGAUUUUGAAGCGCAAAAUCUUCAGCUGAACGAAAGUCAGGGCGCUAAAUCAUCGCUACGAUCGAGUUUUGAAAUGUUUAAUUCCACGCCAACAACUCAUCACCAUUCAGCUGCAUCUGAAGAACGUAUGUCGGCGAAGGCUUUCAACGGGAAUCAGCAGCUGUCCACCCAUGAGGAAUCUCUUCCAUUUAAUCUACCACCCGAACCAUUAGACCCCAGUAUUGAGCCCUGCAAAGAGAUUGACAAUUUCCUCAAGUUUCAUCAUACGCUCGAAUCGAGCGAAAGUACUACGAUCGCUGAGCUGAACGGUAGUGGAAAUGAUGAUUCCUUUCUGCCCAACGAUUUGUGCUACGAUCAGUCGUCACAGUUUACAACUCAGACACAACUCAGCUACCCGUUCGAGGACGCACAGUCCUUCACUUCGGGCGAGUUUCUGGAUCCUUUUUACGAGCAGCUGUACUCAACGUACGAGACGCAUCCCCCGGAUCGGGAUUUAAUUUUGCGCUCCUGCUCUGUUAGUACGAGCGGCUCGGACACAACGUAGUUGGAACGAGAAGAGACAUUUCGAUGAGAGUAUUCAUAUUAAUCCAGUGAUGAUGAAAACGACCACACGCCAG